AAUUACAAUAUUUGCAGAUGCAUUUACAUAGACUUUAUAGAAGUUGCAGCACGAUGUUUACAUUUCGUGAAAAACGUUGAAAUACUUCUACUACUGGGUCGUUCCAUAGACUGCCUACCUUUAUUUUGACGCUUUUUUGCCGCCAUAUUGCCUAUUGUCGCUUACUCCACGGAACCAUAGAAUGACGGAACUAAAAAGAACUGCUACGCUAGAAUACAGGAAGCGAUAUAUAAUUGGGUUUUAACCCAUAUUGGCAUAUACAUACAUUUAGCAGGGAUUGCUAGUCUUUAACAUUUGUAGGUUGGCCAACCUUCGAACAAUUUUUAGACAGUUUAUUUGCGGGGUUUAAUAAGGGUUUACACAAUGGCUGCAGCAGCCCAGCUGUUUGAGGAACCAUUUGAUGCUGAUGAGUACAUUGAAAGACUGGCAUGGAGGACACCAGGAGGGGGAUCCAAAGGAGGAGCAGAGGCAUUUGAUCCCAAAAGGUUGCUUGAGGAGUUUGAGAACCACAUAGAAGAGUUGAAGCAGUUAGAUGAAAGAAUACAGCGAAAGGUAGAGAAGCUGGAGCAGCAGUGUCACCGGGAGGCCAAAGAAUUUGCUCACAAAGUCCAAGACCUACAAAGGAGCAACCAGGUGGCUUUCCAGCACUUUCAGGAACUUGAUGAACAUAUUAGCUAUGUUGCCACAAAAGUGUGUCACCUUGGUGAUCAACUAGAGGGUGUGAACACUCCACGUCAGAGGGCAGUGGAAGCUCAAAGGCUUAUGACCUACUUUAAUGAGUUUCUUGAUGGGGACCUUCGAAGCGAUGUCUUCAACAAUCCUGAAAAGAUCAAGGAAGCUGCAGACAUUAUUCAGAAGCUGCAUCUGAUUGCACAGGAGUUACCAUUUGACAGGUUUGCAGAUGUAAAGGCUAAAAUCGCUAGUAAGUAUCAUGACUUGGAACGGCAGCUAAUUCAGGAGUUCACAAAUGCCCAGCGCAGGGGGGAGAUUGGACGUAUGCGGGAGGUUGCUGCUGUCCUCCUUCACUUUAAGGGAUAUGCACAUUGUGUAGAUGUCUAUAUCAAGCAGUGUCAGGAGGGUGCAUACAUGUGCAAUGACAUUUUUGAUGACACUGCAGUUUUAUGUCAGCGUGUCAACAAACAAGUGGGGGAGGUGUUUUGCAGCCCAGAAACAGUGAUGGCAAAGCUCAUCCAGAGUAUUUUUGAUAACAAGUUACAGGCUCAUGUAAAGGAGAAGUUAGAUGAGGCUCGACACUCUGACGUGGAGCAGUAUCUUAAGAACCUGUAUGACCUCUACUCCAGGACAACACUGUUGACAAACAAAUUGGCGGAGUUCAAUCUGGGAUCAGACAAGCACACCUUCCUAUCCAGGCUUAUAAAAAACAUUUUCUCCAUCUACCUGGAAAAUUACAUUGAGAUGGAACGUCAGUACCUACAAAGUCGCAGUGCCAUGAUUCUGCAACGUUAUUACGACUCCAAGAACCAUCAGAAGAGACCACUUGGCACUGGCAGUAUCCAGGAACUGAAGGAACGCAUAAGACAACACACUAACCUACCACUGGGACCAAGUAUUGAUACACAUGGUGAGACCUUCUUGUCACAGGAAGUUGUUGUCAAUUUAUUGCAAGAAACACGUCAUGCCUUUGAACGGUGCCAUAAGCUGUCAGACCCUGCCGACCUACCUAGGAAUGCCUUCUGUAUCUUUCUACUACUAGUGGAUCACCUUUGUGUGGAUCACAUUGACUAUGCCCUGGAAAUUGGUCUAUCAGCAAUCCCAUCAGCUGAUGCAAAAAAUGCCAAUUUAUACUUCCUUGAUGUGGUACAGCAAGCCAACACCAUCUUCCAUCUCUUUGACAAGCAGUUUAAUGAUCAUCUCAUGCCAUUAAUCAGCUCUUCCCCAAAGCUGACUGAGUGUCUGCACAAGAAGAAAGAGGUUAUAGAGCAAAUGGAGGUUAAAUUAGACAUGGGAAUUGACCGGACACUGAAAUGCAUGGUGGGACAGAUGAAGCACAUCCUGGCAACUGAGCAAAGGAAAACAGACUUCAGACCUGAGGAUGAGAACAAUGUCAUGAUUCAGUAUACCACAGCAUGUUCAAAAGUGUGCGUGUACGUAAGCAGCCAGGUCGAACGUGUACGACGCUCCAUGGAUGGGAAGAAUGUUGACACUGUUCUGGCAGAGCUGGGUGUGCGCUUCCACCGGCUCAUCCAUGAGCAUCUACAGCAGUUCACUUACAGCUCUAUGGGAGGCAUGUUGGCCAUCUGUGACGUCGCUGAAUACCGUCGAAGUGCCAAAGAUUUUAGGGUUCCACUGGUGCUCCAGCUAUUUGAUACACUUCAUGCCCUGUGCAAUCUGCUUGUUGUUGCCCCUGACAACCUCAAACAAGUAUGCUGUGGGGAACAGCUUACCAACCUGGACCGCAACCUUCUCCACACCUUCGUCCAGCUUCGGGCAGAUUACCGCUCCUCCCGACUGGGACGUCACUUUACUUAAUGUCCAUCAUGACUGCGGUCAUGGUCCCGUCUUUACAAAUGCUUAAACUCCAUAAUUAACACUAAAGGAUCACAAUAAAUUGAGAUAUCCAAUAAAUUCACUGGAUAGAUAUAUCCACAUGUUUAAAAUGUCUUUGCUUGCAUUGUGUUGUGCCAAAUAUGUGUUACUUGAUAAAGAUGUGUGUAAUUCUGCAUUUAUGUUGGGUUGGGGAACAUCACCAUCACUAAACCCUGGUUGUCACAUUACAGAAGUGUUGCAGGUCCAUUUACACUAUGGGUGGAAUUUCACUUAGUCUGAUAGCAAAAGCAAGCAGCUUUGAAUGGUGCUCUUACAUCUAGGAAAUUGCUGUCAUUCAAUGUUGGAUUAAAAAAAUAACAAAAAAAGUUUGAGAUCAAUCACUGUCUUCUACCAACUACCCAAACUUUCAGGAAAAAAAACAUAUUUGACCUUGAUUUUGUUUUUUUUGUUGUUAUUUUGCUCCUUUUAUUUGUUAUUUUGUCUCCGCUGUGUUCUAUCAGUUUUCACCUAAUAUGUUGUUCAUCAUCUCUGAAGUACCCUGACUCCUUUUAAGUCUUUUUAAUUUUGGGAAAGUACUUUCCUUUUCACCACAUUGUUUAUUAAAUCACAUAUGCAUAUUGAGACAAACAUUGAUUUUCAGAAAGUGUUUCAUAUUGUUUUUAAUAAAUCAUCCACUGUUUGUUCAGUGCAGAUUGACUCUUAUAGCAACACCCUGAGUUCAGCAUCAUACAAGUGUGCAAUCAGAACAAAAUAUGGAUCAUGAAACAUGUACAGUACAACUAGGUUGUACAGUACAAGACACCAGUGUCUUUUUUUCAUCAUAAUUAACAACCGCUUUAGAUUAUGAACACAAUAUAAAAGACAACAAAUGCACAAAUUACUAUAACUGAAAUUCAGUGGAAAAAGCACUACAGUAGAUGUACUGUAACAUAUGUGACUGAUAUUUAAAACAAUAAAACAUCUGUUCAUAGAGA